AAGAUGACCCCUCCACAUCCUCCACGCGCUGCUCCUGUUGUGAGGUUUGAAUGAGGAGACGACAGAGAGGAAUAAAGAGAGGAACCACCGUCUGUGAGGGAACAAGUGAACGUACCGGAGGUUACCGGCUCCGCAGGUGUGACAUUCACUCUCCCGUGACUCCUCCGGUGACUAAAGGACGCUGCUGUUCAGGAGAGUUGACGUCAAACCUGGUUUCUGCUCCCACAGCAUCACCGGAUCAUCGUCCUUCAGCCUGUGAAGACGCCAUGCUUAUCUGGUCCCUUCAUGGCCGUCCCACUAUGACGAUCAGCCUUCUUCAGCGCCAGCGGAUCUACGUUCUGGUCCUCGCUGUGCUUCUCUGCCCGCUGGACCGAGUGACGGGUCAAGGGUUAAGCGAGACGCAGUCCCCUUCCCAGGUGCUGCAGGACCUGCUGAGCCGCUAUGGGGACAACGUCACCAUCACAGUACCCCAGCUGAGGUCUUUACUGGCUCGCCUCAGCCAGGAUCAGGGUGAAGGGGAAGGAGAUGGGCCCAAAAAGGCGGUGAUGCCGACAACGAUGCCACCGAAAACCAACCAUUCCAAGUGUUUGCCCGCAGACACGCUCGCCAUGUACAGCAUCAGCGAGCAGUCACGGCUGGACGGCCAGGGCUUACAGGAGCUGUGUCCCACCAUGCUGCAGCAGCUGGACGCUGGCACCUGCAGGGCGCAUAAAGAGGAGGAGCUGGCCUCCCCCAGGCCCACAGACGCUGAAGUGUGGGGUUAUGGGAUCCUGUGUGUCACGCUGAUCUCUCUGUGUUCGCUGGUGGGGGCCAGCGUGGUGCCCUUCAUGAGGAAAACCUUUUACAAGCGGCUGCUGCUCUACUUCAUAGCCCUGGCCAUUGGCACGCUCUACUCCAACGCGCUGUUUCAGCUCAUCCCAGAGGCCUUUGGUUUUGACCCCAUGGUGGAUUUUUACAUGUCCAAGUCUGCGGUGGUGUUCGGAGGAUUUUACCUUUUCUUCUUCACUGAAAAAGUCCUCCGAGUUCUCCUGAAGCAGAAAGACAGGGGCCACGGUCACAGUCAUUACCCCGGGCCGGAUCAUUACUCUGCACCUGACGGGGAUGUGGAGGGGGUGGAGAAGGAGAAGCUGCAGCAGAACGGUGCAGCCACCGGUCUGGCUCUGGGCAAGGUGGACGCAGGAGAGGGAGAGCUCAUGCUGAGUCCUGCACAGACUCCAGAGGAGAGCCCUGACAGCGGAGGGCGAUCCGGCGGCGGCUGCUAUUGGCUGAAGGGGACGUCCUACUCUGACAUCGGCACGCUGGCCUGGAUGAUCACACUGAGCGACGGCCUGCACAACUUCAUCGACGGCUUGGCCAUCGGAGCGUCCUUCACCGCCUCCGUCUUUCAGGGCAUCAGCACCUCAGUGGCCAUCCUGUGCGAGGAGUUUCCCCAUGAGCUGGGAGACUUUGUGAUCCUGCUGAACGCUGGCAUGAGCAUACAGCAGGCUCUGUUCUUCAACUUCCUGUCCGCUUGUUGCUGCUACCUGGGCAUGGGCUUCGGCAUCCUGGCCGGCAACAGCUUCUCCCCCAACUGGAUCUUUGCUCUGGCCGGGGGAAUGUUCCUCUACAUCGCUCUGGCUGACAUGUUUCCAGAGAUGAACGAGGUGAGUCGCGAGGAAGAGGACGCGGGCGGCAGCAGCUUCCUCCUCACGUUCGCCAUCCAGAACGCCGGGCUGCUGACGGGCUUCGCCAUCAUGUUCUUUCUCACCACCUACUCCGGACAGAUACAGCUGGUCUAGCGAGAGCCUCCUCCUCUGCACCAACACCAGCUUUGUGAGAGGAAACUAAAACAUCAGCUGGUUUCAACGGACCACCAAGUGGAGGCACAGAGGCAGAAACUUUUUGUCCUUUUGUUCCUGCACACAUCUUGGACUUUGGGGAGUUUGGGGAGUUUGGCGAUGUGCAGCAGGAACACACUCUCCUCUGUCGCUGAUAUUUGAGAGGCGGUCCGUGCACGGUUCCCAGAUGCAGUAGAUCCCAAGCAGAGUGUGCGGCAGCCUUCUUUCUCAACCUUUAUAAACCUUUUUCUGCUCAGUCACACUUCUAGAAACAUCUCUGAACGUCGGCCUGAAGAGACAAGCUGAUCCCUCAUCUCUGAACACUGACCCACGUGCAAUACCCAAACGUCUCUCUCUCUCUUCUCCGAGCUCUUAUUCUCCCUCCCCUCCCUCUGUGGAAGUUAUGGAGCCUCAAAUGCUGACACUCAGAUUAUUUAUGUCACUGACCCUCAGUGCUUCCUCAGGAGGUGGGAAAAGCACAAUCAGGUCUCAGAAGCUGUAUUAUUACCCUUUCAUCUUCAUCUCCUCCAGACUGUAACCAUUCCUCUCCUCUCCUCUCUUCCCUUCGUUUCACACCAAAAACAAAUCUCAACUGACCUGAACUGGAAUUUUAAAUCAAGCGUGAAUUUCCAGCUUGACUUCCUCGUUUGUGUGUCGAUGUUAUAUUUUUGUAUUCGUGUGAAAUGAUCCACCUUUUUGAAGACCAAAUAUGGGCCGACCAUUAAGAACGGUGAAGGGCUACACACAGUGGCGUCUAGGAGGGCAAACUUUUCUCCUCCCUCCUCCUCUCUCUCUCUCCUCCUCUGGAUGUGUCGUCAUUCUCAGCAUGCUGUUAGAAAACUCACAUGAAGCUUGAGUCAGACAUCCGGUCCUGAGUUUGUUGAUCCAGACGGAGCAACACUGAGCGUCCUCUUGAUUUACCAUCUGUGCCCUUCAUUCAUUUAACAUUGAAUAUCGGAUUUUUUAAACUCCUUGUAUUCUUGAACUUUAAGUGCAAAUUUCUCUGGAGUCUUGGUUCAACCUGUAGACUGUUUUUCCUUUUUACUGUAAAGUUACAGUUUGAGCAACAUACUGUAAGCUGAGGCUUUUAAAUGCACACUUCCCCCUCUGGUCUCUGACCAUAUGCAUACUGAUCAUACGUCAUUACAGAAGGAUUUAUCUGUAUACUGUACUGACAAAGACUUCAAUGACAAACCCUCUGAUUCUUUGUGAGUUCAUCUUAAUGGCUCAAAGUAUGUGGACACACUUCUCUCCAUCCCUGUUUGUAGAUUUCAGGAUUUGAAAAAGCCUCCGAUUAUUCUCUUUGUUAGCUUCCAGUGAAAAAAAACUAAGGGUCCAUUUUUCAGUACUUGAAGAAAGUUGAAAAGUCAAAAACAUCCUCCAACAAUCGGGAAUUAAAGACGCAAACUUUGCACCGAGGUCUUCAUUUCAAACAUGUAAAUAAAAAGGAGUAAACACACAAACAAGCUGACAGAAAAUAAGUACUUUAAUCUUUUAAAACAUGAUACAAAUCUAAUUUUGAAGCCCAUGCAGAAGUGCUAUAAAUUGCAAUUCAUCGAGUGUCCACUAGAGGCUGGCUGCAGAAACACCGGAAACCACACACACACCAAUUCAAAGAAGACGAUCUUUACAGCAGAAAUAAACAUGUUUACAGCCUGGUUCAAAAAACAGUUUAAGUCUGAAUAGCUCAUUUCUCUAUCGGCACACACUCAGAACAUGACUCAGUAUUCUUGAAGAUAUUAAACUUACGAGUUUUGCCCAAAUAAGGACAGAGCUGACUUGAUUGACAGGCGGGAACACUGUAGCUGUUAAUGAAAGGCUAAAGGCCCGCCUCUGUACCUCACACUAGCUUGAACGACGUUAGGUUGAGUUCAGCAUUUCCAAUAAGGCGCUUCAGAAACAGACGGGUGACAUCACGGAUACUACUUCCAUUUAUUAUACAGUCUGAUCGAUGAUUAAAGUACACAACAUAAAAGUGUAGUGUAAUGCUGAUAUCACUCCAUGCACUGAAAGUCACCUGCUCCGCUCAAUGCUAAUAUUGCUGGACAGGAUCAUAGACUGUAAAUAAAAAUGGACAGCGUUGCUCCGCCUCUUCCCGUUGUACGGUUCUGAAGCCAAAAAAUCCCUCUCCUGGGCGCCGCCAUUGUGCAGCCAGAGCCUGUGAACCCACUGUAAUAAGCUCCGCCCUACAGCGUGACAUCACAAGACGCUGUGUGUCCUUUGAAGUUUCACUCUACGGCGGCUGUGAAUCAAAGGAAACAGGAAGUAAAACCCCGUUUUUUAAACUCUAAUAACUAACGAAAAAUAAACUUUUCAGAAAAAAGAGGCCUUGAACACAAAACAGUCAAAUACUAACUACAUAUCACCACAGCAUACGGAUGUGAGAAACAUUCGUACGACGUGUAUUUAUGUUUUAAAGUUUGACUGCUCCCCCAUUCAAAUGAAUGGGGAGACGGAUUUUUUGACCUAUACUGCAGCCAGCCACCAGGGGGCAGACACACUGCUGAAAGCCUCACCACCAGCCACCGGAACCUCUCCCUUGGACAGGAUCCAAUAUGAAAAUGUCCGUUAGCCUGCUGAUUUAGCAUGCUAACCAAAACAAGCUUAGCUACAUUGUUUGAUGCUAACGGAAGCUAACGGUUUUACCUCACCUUAAGGUCUAUGGUGUCAACAAGCAGGAGCUAAAUGUGUCUGAACUUGAUGUGUGAUCAGUUUGCCUCUGCCGUUGCUCAUGUUCGUGAGAGUUAAUAACCGUCGUCAAGCGGUUCAGACCAUAGACUGUAUAUAUAAUCCUGUUCCAGAACGCUGCCAUCUUGUACAUUUUCAGCAGCCAGAGAAUUUGUGUUUCCACGGUAACAAGCUCCGCCCUACAACGUAGCGUCCCGAGGUCCUACGGAGUUUCCCUCAACGGCAGCUGUCAAUCAAAGUAAACCCGGAUGUAAAACCCAGUUUUUUAACCUCUAAUAAUGAGAAAUUCAGAAAAAAGAGGCCUUGAACAAAACAGUCAAAUACUAACUACAUAUCACCACAGCAUACGGAUGUGAGAAACAUUCGUACAAGGUGUAUUUAUUUUUUUAAGUUUGACUGGAGACAGAGUUUUUGACCUAUACUGCAACCAGCCACUAGGGGGAGCACUUUUUGUGGCGGCCUCACUUCAAGCCGAGCGAGAUGAGGUCCAUUUUAUAUACAGUCUAUGGUUUUAACCAAUCAGAAUCAAGCCUCUUACACAACCGGAGGAGCAGUGAGAGCACUGUGUAAUAAGAGGCCUUAAACAUGACGUGUUCAGGGUUCGGGUGUCCACAUACUUUUGGCUAUUUUGUACGAAAUGCAUCUGAAGGUAAGCAGAGAGAGAAACGGUUCACGAUCUGUGAUGUUGAUCGUUUGUUUGAGGGCUUAGGGGACCAGUUUGUUUUUGUUGUUGUUGUUGAACUAAAACCAAUCAUGUUACCUUCUGUAGAAGAAGCAUUCACACCAUUACAAUCUUUCGUUCUGCUGCUGCGUGCGUCACAAAUCGGCGCACGUCAUCGCUUUUGAUCCAUGUUUACUGAUAUUUUAAAGUAACAAUAUUAAGAACUGCAAACGUUUCUCUUGAUUUUAAAUUAGCAUUAAAAAAAACAACUUUUUAUGAGAGAUAGAAACCGGAAGCCAUGAUUGGUUCAUGGAAUCAAUCUGUUGAUCCUUUUAUGUUGAGGGCAAGCCAUUAACCUGGGUACCAUGAGGUUUAUAUUACUGCUGCUUGAUAUGUAUGAUGAAUGGGAGAUUAUUUAUUGUUGUUUGAGCCAUAAAAUAUUUAUUUUAUGCUUUACACCAAGAAACAGUGUUCAGUUUACCGCUACAUUCAAAGCCAUGAUGGAAGAAAAUAUUUUAAUCUCCAUGUUUUGUUUUUUGUGUUUGUGUUUUUUAGUUUAGCGCCAUGAGACAUCUGUCAGAAUAUAUCACAGACCUUUAUCACACUGCACAUUUACCUCUCUACCCGAGCUAAUACACACAGUGUUACACAUGAAGAGAUAUCCUAACUCACACAUCAGGGGAUGAAUUCAGGAGCACACACACAUAUAUAUGACAAUGAGACACAUUCAACGGUGCAAACACGCUCAAUCUUGUUCAGCAUCAAUCAACCAACCAAUGACUGACUCUGCAGAUUUUAAUAAUGAUGGAUGUACUUUUCAAACUGUUAAUGCCCAUUUUGAGAGAAAAUUGUACUUACUGUAAUUUAAUGGACUCCUCAUCAGCCUUCUCUGUGUCAUGGGACUCUUGAUUUUUUUUAUAAAACAUCCUUUUCCAAGAAAAA